UCGCACACUGGCAAAGUAUGUGGGAGUCUCAAAUUUUGGACUUACUAAAAUACAAAAAGUUCUCUAGCUUCCGGAGAAGUUGAAAUUUUCCAGCGAACAAACAACUUUUUGGCGCCCAAGUGAAAACAUUUGCAUACGACUUAUUUGCAGGCAUACUUUCGCACUAAUGUAAUGCUAUAUAUCACUCAAAAAGAAAAUAAUAUUAAUUUAGUAUAGAUUUCGAUAGAAAAUUCAAAUGUGAUAACGCGGAAAGCACAACAACGGCGAUCAAACCAAUGCAAAUUGUGAAUUGUGCGAAUUUGCGCUAAAACAACAAAAGCUGCUAGCACAACAGAGCCCAACACGCCCACAGGCACGCCCACAAGGCGCAACUUGCAAACAGCUGAUGGGGAGCACAGAGGCAGCAGCAGCAACAGCAGCACAGAUCCUCAUCAUACCCAAAACUCAUAAAAUUUUUUAGUGCCGCUCGCGUAGGAAGUCGCACGUAGGCAAACCCGAACGUUAGAAUGCGCGUGUGUAUUCCAGAUACAGUAAAAAGAUACAAUACAAAUAAUUGAUUGGUGCAAAAAUUGUAAAAAAUUGAACCGUUAGAUACUGCAGCUGACCAAAAAAAAAAGAAAGAAAACAACAAAUUACAAAAGUCUCAAAUACUCAAGUCAGAUACUCUUCGCUUUGUACCUCGAGCCAACCCAAAGCGUUGCAAAUGUUAUAAAAAAAAACAUAUAAUUGACAAGGUUUUUUUACGGAAAUGACCAGGUACAACACUGAACAAGGAGCUAUGGACCAGCAAUUCUGUUUACGCUGGAACAAUCAUCCCACAAAUUUGACCGGGGUGCUGACCUCGCUGCUGCAGCGCGAGGCGCUCUGCGAUGUCACCCUCGCCUGUGAGGGCGAAACAGUCAAGGCACAUCAAACCAUACUGUCAGCCUGCAGUCCAUAUUUCGAGACGAUUUUCCUGCAGAAUCAGCAUCCACAUCCGAUCAUAUAUUUGAAAGAUGUGCGAUACUCAGAGAUGCGCUCCCUGCUGGACUUCAUGUACAAGGGCGAGGUCAAUGUGGGUCAAAGUUCGCUGCCGAUGUUCCUGAAGACUGCCGAGAGUCUGCAGGUGCGCGGCCUCACAGACAACAACAAUCUGAAUUAUCGCUCCGAUUGCGACAAGCUGCGCGACUCGGCUGCCAGCUCGCCCACUGGGCGUGGCCCCAGCUAUGGCGGCAUGGGCGCCGAUAUACGCGAAUCACGUGACUCCCUGCGCUCCCGCUGCGAACGCGACCUGCGCGACGAUCUGCAGCGCAGCAGCAGCAGCCUCAGCUUGAGCGAACGCAGUUCGGCCGCUGCGGCGGCCGCCGCUGCUGCCGCUGCCGCUGUGGCAGCAGCCGGUGGCAAUGUGAAUGCAGCUGCCGCCGCUCUCGGCCUGACAACCAGCGCCGGCGAACGAUCUCCCAGCGUGGGCAGCGCCAAUGCCGCGGCAGCUGCCAUGGCCGCUGCCGUCGCCGCAGUUGCGAAUCGUAGCGCCAGCGCCGAUGCUCUGAAUAGUCGCGGCGAUGCUGGCAGCGAUCGGGGCAGUGAACGGGGCACGCUGGAGCGUGCUGACAGUCGGGAUGAGCUGUUGCAGCUGGACUACAGUACCAAGGAUAAUAAUAAUACUAACAGCAGCAGCAACAACAACAACAACAGCAGCAACAGCAGCAGCAGCAACAACAACAAUAACAACAACAGCAGCAGCAACAACAACAACAACAAUCGAGAGCGCAACGAUAGCAGAGACAGAGAUCGGGACAGAGAGCUGUCGACAACGCCCGUCGAUCAGCUGUGUAGCAGUAAGCGCAGACGUAAGAACUCAUCAUCCAACUGUGAUAAUUCGUUGUCCUCGAGCCAUCAUGCGAAUGCGGCCCACAUACAGGACAGACACUACGCGCAGGACUCUCAGGCCAGCAAUUUCAAGUCGAGUCCGGUGCCAAAGACGGGCGGCAGCACAUCCGAGUCGGAGGAUGCGGGCGGCGGCGGCGGCGGCGGUGGCGGCAUUGGCUGUCGACGCGAUUCACCAUUGUCGAUGACCGUUGGCCAUUUGGGCGGCGGGAAUGUGGGCGCGUCCAGCGCGCUAAGCGGACUCAGCCAGUCGCUAAGUAUUAAGCAGGAGCUAAUGGAUGCACAGCAGCAGCAGCAGCAGCAACAUCGCGAGCAUCACGUCGGCCUGCCACCCGAAUACUUGCCGCAGAGCGCUGCUCUUAAAAUGCACGCCGAGGACAUGUCGACGCUGUUAACACAACACGCGCUGCAGGCCGCCGAUGCGCGGGAGGAGCACAACGAUGCCAAACAGAUGCCACUCGAUCAGACGGACAACAUUGACGGUCGCGUUAAAUGUUUUAACAGUGCCCGCAAGCACGAAGCGGACGACGAUGUCGAGGUCGAUGUGGCCGUUGCCGUUGUCCAGGAUGUGGACGUCGAUGAGGAGGAGGCGGAGGAGGCGGCGGCGGCACUGGCCUAUCAUCAUGCCACGCCCAAAUAUAGACGCGCUAUCAUCUAUGCGCCGCACGACGAGGAUAUGCCCGCCACGGAUCUGUACAUGGAUAACAGCUACAACUGCGAGUACAAGUGCAAGGAGCGCAAUAUGCGCGCCAUACGCUGCAAUCGGCAGCAACAUCAUCCGCAUCCGCAUCAGCAUCAGCAUCAGCAUCAGUUGGCGACGGCGCCGCAAACGGCGCUCAAUCUGGGCCGGCACAGCAGCGCAAUCGUGGCAGCUACAGCGGCGGAAACGCUCUGCGGCGCUGAGGCAGCAGCGGCAUAUUCGCCCACGCCCACCUCCAGCAACAGCAGCUAUCGCGAACAGCAGCAGCAGCAGCAAUCGCAUUUGAGCUAUGCGCUGCAGCAGUCGCCCAAUGGAACGCAGCAACUGGAGCUGGCGCACAGCUAUGCGCAUCAUGGACAUCAUGUGCCGCCGCCGCCGGCGCCGCCGCCAUCGCUGGCAGCCAAUUCGCCGCAUUAUCAGCCCGCCAUUGGCUCGCUUUCGCCGCAGCCCAGCUCGUCGUCAUCAUCAACAUCAGCGGCUGCAGCGGCGGCGGCAGCGGCAGCAGCAGCAGCGAAUCGUCGGGAUCAUAACAUUGACUAUUCAACGUUGUUCGUACAGCUGUCUGGUACGCUGCCCACGCUCUAUCGCUGCGUCAGCUGCAACAAGAUCGUCUCGAAUCGCUGGCAUCACGCCAACAUCCAUCGGCCGCAGAGCCACGAGUGCCCCGUCUGCGGCCAGAAAUUUACGCGUCGCGACAAUAUGAAGGCCCAUUGCAAGAUCAAGCAUGCGGAUAUCAAGGAUCGUUUCUUCAGCCAUUAUGUACAUAUGUGAUCACUUCUUUAGAUAGUUAUACGAUCUGUAAAAGCCACUCGCGAACAACCCAAUGGAAGUCUGCACCAGAGUUAAAACUAUUUAUUAUGUAGAGCCCUAAGAAUUUCCGAGAGUUUCCUUACGCAAUUUAUCGUGAAAGACGGAAAAGUUAAACAAAUCAAAUCAAAUCGAAUCGUAUCGAAUAAAAGGUUUUCAAUCUAUAAAACUUAAUAAGCCCACAUACGUAAUAUUAUAAUACAAAAAGAACUUAAGAUUUAU